CAGUAACCUAAAGUUUAUAGUCUAGAAUAACAGGACAAGUAUGGAGGGAAAAAAUACCGCACUUUCCAAACAUCUAGAGGCCUACCCUUAUCAGAUAGCCGGCCAUUUAACUCAAGGUUAGUUUUUGGAACUUACAGGAAAUUUAUACGGCGAAAAUCACUCAUGAUAUAAUAUUACCGGGCAGGUAGCAUAUCUUGGCAAACUGCAUGAAUUAUACAUUUCAGUAACGUUAAUUAUUUUCUAUCCCUCCUUACAAUCUGUACGUGGGCAGUUUUUUUGUUGUAGCUUCCACGUUGUUGUUUCCGUGGUCAGCAAAAACUGUCACUUCAAUUUUUUUCUGUACAAUUUUCAUUUGCAAGAUUUUAUUUUUUGGGGAGCAAGGUUGGUGCAGUGGUGAGGGCACUCGCCUCCCACCAAUGUGAGCCAGGUUCAAAUCCCGGCAUUAACAUGGAUAAUGACUUUGUUGUUGGUUUUCUCCGAUCUCUUUUUCUGAGAGGUUUUUCUCCGCGUAUUCUGACUGGUAUUCCCUCUCCGCAAAAAUCAACACUUCCAAAUUUCAAUUCCAUCUGGAACACAUGGACACUUUUAAACGAGUGCUUUAAAACUCCUUAGUGCUUCAUGGUAAACAAAUGUUGCAUGUUUCUCUUUUACACUUGAUUUCUCUCUAUCCUAUAGGCAGCAUUAUUGUGGGCCAGUCAGAAUAAUAAUACUAUUAUUACAAAAAACGACUUAUACAAUUGAUGUUUUUUUUUUAAUUUUAGAGAAAACAAUAUCUGUGGUUAGAUAAUUGUUUUUGAAAUUUAAUCUUAUCAUAAUUGGUCUUUUUGUGCAUACAUAGCAACUUAAGGUUACCAGAUAAGUAAAAAUCUUAGUGAAAUGUGACAUAAUUUGAAAUAAUUUAUAUCUUUUAGAACCACUUAAGGUGACUGUAGAUGGCUGUGUACUGAAGCAAGUACAAAGGCCUCCAAAGGGGGAGAGAGAAGUUGUCUUCUAUGAAACUGUAUUUGACAAAAAAGAAGAAAGAGAAGAAAUUCUGCAACUGAGAAGAUUUCUGCCCGUCUAUCAUGGAAUUGUGGAAUUGGGUAUCCUAAGCAUGUACUGCGGUUGUGGAGGUUUUGGGGUCCGUUCCCCUUUCCUGUUGACCUCAUUCCCAGGAUCUCCCUUCUCUCUGUCAACUUCAUUCCCAGGGUCUCCCUCCUUCCUGUCCACCCAGUUCCUAGGGCCCCCUUCCUUUCCGUCAAUCUCACUGUACAGGCAGCCUUGUUCCCUUAAAGUAUCUCGAUCUCUUCCUCCUGUCAAACCUCACCCCUAGAGUCUCUCUUCUUCCUUCCCUUUAACCUCAUUUCCCAGGGUUUCUUUACUUUGAUCCCUGUCAAACAUAAUAUUUUUAUAACUGCAUGCGCAUUGGUUAAGCUAAGAGCUAUUUCCUAUUUCAUAAAUUGAGACCAAUUUCCAGGGUGCAAAGAAAAUCAUUUUUACACCUUGCCAUUCGGACAAGCUGAAGUUAGCAUUUACUAGUCCUGACUUCAUUUCAACUAGUCCCAAAAGCGUUUUGACCAGUAGAAUUGAUUUCACAGUUCCUCUGUUAUUCAAAUUCCUCAAAGAACAUCACUUGCCCGUCGGGCAAGUUAAAAACAGACUUCACUAGCCCGGUAGCAAAAUCCGCUAGCCCCAGGCUAUCGGACACCACUUUCUAUGCACACUGAAUUUCCUAUUGUUUUAACUCUUGUGACAUCAAAAUGUUUAAAAAAGUAGAACCAACAAAUUUCAGGGUAAAAGACAAAGGAAUUUCAAAAUAAUUUAUUAGUGUCACUACCGGUAUGUGGAAUUAUCUUUUUUAAUGACAUAACCAACCAGUGAUCUCAUGAAAUCUUCUUUAUUGUCAAAAGGGUCUCAAAUAAUAUUUAUGAAUCCUUAAGCGUGAAGCUUAGAUUCCUCAAGGUAUUUAAAACUUGAGAACAUCACCACCAAGUUUCGUCUGCCAUGUGUUAUGGAUAUUAAGAUUGGUAAGGUGACAUGGGAAGAUGAUGUUGAUGAAUCAUUUAAAGAAAGAAGAAAAAGAAAAUGGCCCCUUAGAGAGAGAGCUGGAUUUAGCAUCCUUGGUUUUCUGGUAUGUGCAUGAAAACAGGCUUUAAAAGGAGAAGAGAGAAUUCUCUUUGCGUGCCCAAAUAACCACUUUAAUGCAUGCCACACAGGCUAAUAAAAAAUUAUGUGGCUAAUUUUUGUUAUGGUAAAAGAAGUUUUAAAGUAUUUUUUCGGCUGUUUGUUUUUCCUUGGAUUUAUAAGUAUCUGGUAAGCGAGGCAUCAAUUAUAUUUUGAUUGAGAACCCUUGGUAAGGUGAACACAGACCAAAGAAAAAAAGAAUUUACACAAAAGAUGUGAUGCAAACCAACAAUAUUUUUCUCAGGACAAGACAAUAGUGUUUAGACUUAAUAAAUAACUGAAUAUUGAUCAUUAACAUUCAGUGAUUUUUUUAAAAAUGAAAGCUUAUGUUAAAGUCUUACCCGGUAAACCUUCUGGAAAAAAUGACGCAACUAAGUUUGUGUUAUUCUAUACACCAAGAACUCUUCACACUGUUCAAGCUUGUGUCUUAUGAACUCAACAGGUUUAUAACCAUAAAACAUGCUCUUAUGAACGUUUUAUGCGUGAAUACUGUAUGAAACUGGCAACCAUGGAAGAUGCUGAAAGAAGUAAGUACACCUCUAUUUCGAUUAUAAUGUUAUUAAUUAUGAUAAAAUUAUGACAUUUCCUACUCAUUAUGGCAAGUCUAGCAAAAUUCUGGCCAAGUGAAACAUGGGGAAGUGGGGACUCACUCCCAUGUGAACAUAUACAGUUAAAUACCCUCAUACUGUGUUGGAGAAUGGUCUCCUUUAAGGUUCAAGUCGUGCUUGUGCCACACCCAGGUUAGUCUCCUUUUUGGGUCUAUUUUAUUUCCCAACAAGCAGCCGUGCCUCUUUUAUAUGGGAGCCCCCAACUUGACUAUAAUCAGAGAAGUUCCUAUACACAAGAAUGAAAAACUCGAGAUGCUUAGCGUACACGCGCGUUGUACAGGCAAAUUAAUGGAUAACCAUUUUAUACGGACACCUCAUUAUUACAGACAGUUCGCUUUGUCCCUGGGGAAAGAAAGCCCGUACAUUUUCUCCCCAUUCAACCUGCUUAAUACGGACACUUUCUGUGGCCCCCCAGUGUCCGUAUUAACAGGGUUUGACCGCAGUAGGGAGUGUUUUCCUGCCAUUCUCACCCCUCCAACAUUUUGUAAAAUAUGAGUGGAAACCAAAAAUUUAACAAGCUCCUUAACAGUGACCCCUGCAACUGCUGCACAAUGAAGGCGAUCACUUGUAACCGUGGUGAACAGUCACCCCUUUCCCAUGAUAGGCCAGUGUUGGUAUGAACAGGGGACAAGGGUUUGAUUUAUAGUUGCUUCUAAGUUACUUGAAACUGUGGAGUGUGAAGACCUUACCGAGCAGCCUAGACUAUAAGCAGUCAGUCUUAUUUCUUAGUCCGACAAGCGAAACGCGCCCAACACAAAAAUGACCAUGCACAUGAUGGAAGGCUGGAGACAGGAAAGGCACCUGCCCUCAUUCCUUGCGCCUUUCACAAGUGUGUGCACUCUUACUAAAUCUGAAGAAAAAGCCGAGACUCCUCGCAGUUUAUAUAAGAGCAGCCUGCUUUCCUGGCAGGUUUAAUUCCAGGCACCUCUUCAAUCUAAAUCUCUAUAAUCUUUGCAGCCUUUUGCAAGUUUAUGGGCAGUGUCAAUACAGAAUGGACUCUGCAUAUACUAGAGCAACUCCUGAAAAAACUCACAGAGAUUGAAGAGUGGUUCAAGACUCAAAGACUGUACAGAUUUAUUGCAAGUUCUAUUCUGAUAUCAUACGAAGCAGACUGCCAUCAAAAUGUUGUCAGUAACUUUACAUCAUCCAAUGACAGAACUUCAUCUUUUGUCUGUCAAGACCAAUCAUUAACUGACAGUGUGAUUGAUCCAAAUGUUAGCCCACAUUUGCCUUCAACAAGCCACCAACAGCUGUUGAACAGAACUUUGGUAGAUGCAAGGAUAAUUGAUACUGCUCAUGUAUUUACAGCUUCAGACACUGACUUCAACUAUUUGUUUGGCUUGGAAAACAUUAUCUUGACUGUUAAACGCAUACAGAAAAAUUUUAAUUAA